UGUGUCCAUGUGUGUGUGUGUCCAUGUGUGUGUGUCCGUGUCCGCCCCCGCGGGUGAAGUCGACAGAGUGCGUGGACGUGGCGAAGAUCUACGCCGACCAGUGCAGCGAGAAUCUCGAGUUGAGUCCCUGUAAAGAGAUCUUCAGCGACUGUCACAAGACCCUUCAUGACUACCUAAGCGGUGAGCCGUUCUCCGACUACCAGAACAGCAUGUACUUCGACCGCUUCCUGCAGUGGAAGAUGCUGGAGAGGCAACCGAUCACCAAGGAUACGUUCAGGCAGUACCGGGUCCUGGGGAAGGGGGGGUUCGGAGAGGUGUGCGCCUGUCAGGUGAGGGCCACGGGGAAGAUGUACGCCUGCAAGAAGCUGGAGAAGAAGAGGAUCAAGAAGAGGAAAGGGGAGUCCAUGGCGCUGAACGAGAAGCAGAUCCUGGAGAAGGUCAACAGCCGCUUUGUGGUGAGCUUAGCAUACUCGUACGAGACCAAAGACGCUCUGUGUCUGGUGCUGACCAUCAUGAACGGGGGCGACCUGAAGUUCCACAUCUACAACAUGGGCACGCCGGGCUUCGAGAAGGACCGGGUGCAGUUCUACGCGGCUCAGAUCUGCUGUGGCCUCGACCACCUGCACAGGGAAUCCAUCGUGUACAGGGAUCUGAAACCAGAGAACAUCCUCUUGGAUGACAAUGGUCACAUCCGCAUCUCAGACCUGGGGCUGGCCAUCAAAGUGCCUGAAGGAGAGAUGAUCCGGGGCCGCGUGGGCACGGUGGGCUACAUGGCGCCGGAGGUGAUCAACAACGAGAAGUACGGGAUGAGCCCGGACUGGUGGGGGCUGGGCUGCCUGGUGUACGAGAUGACCGCCGGGAGGUCUCCGUUCCGGGCACGCAAGGAGCGGGUGAAGCGCGAGGAGGUGGAGAGGAGGGUGCAGGAGGAGGAGGAGGAGUACAGCGACAAGUUCACAGAGGACACCAAGGCCGUCUGUAGGAUGCUUUUGACCAAAGACCCGAAGCAGAGGCUAGGGUGCCAGGCGGACGGGUCGGCGGGCGCCAAGGCCAACCCCUUCUUCAAGAACACCAACUUCAAACGCCUGGAGGCCGGGAUCCUGGACCCGUCCUUUGUGCCCGACCCCCGUGCGGUCUACUGUAAGGACGUUCUGGACAUAGAGCAGUUCUCCACCGUGAAGGGCGUCAACCUGGACCGCACCGACAACGACUUCUACUCCAAGUUCGCCACCGGAAGCGUGUCCAUCCCCUGGCAGAACGAGAUGAUCGAGACAGAGUGUUUCAGCGAUCUGAACGUCUUCGGCCCCCACGGGACCAGACCCCCAGACCUGGACUGGGACCACCCCCCGGAGCCCCCGAGACGCAGCGUGCUGGACAGGCUGUUGAGGAGGCAUAUCCCCGAGGUGUCCAUUGCCAACAGGCGGGUGCAGUCUUCCAGCGUAAACUCUGUGGACUCCAUGUCCCACUCUGCCCCCUAGUGAUAGCAGGGCGUCGCUACGAGGGAGCGCGAUCUCACGGCCAACAUCGACCGGGCGCCAACCGGUCCCGGUGACUCGUGAGCGGAGGACGAGGAAGGCGAGGAAGACGGCGUUAUAGUCAUGCGAAAUCCCACAAAAAGAAGUGUCCUUCUUACCGUAGCACAGCCAAUGAAAAGGGACGACCAACACCUCCUCUUCUGCUUGUUUUAGAAUGUGAUGCAUACUUAUUGUUUUUUUUUGCGAGGGUCUAAGUGUGAGGUUGUAACUGGUUCAUGCAGUUAUUUAAUAGUUCUUAGCCAAUUUUCAAUUGACUGAACGUGUAUUUUAUUUUGAACUUUUUUGAUGUACUUGAUAUAGAAAAAAAAACUAGAAAAGGAAGAAUUGGAAUUUGAAUAAAGUGCCUCCCGUCAGCAUGACCUUCCGGACGGACUCCAGCCCUCUGCUUUUCCUUUUAGACUCCAUGUUGUGCUUUUGUUUCAUCGGGGGAAGGAGAAAAGACACACACACACACACACACACACACACACACACACACACACACACACACACACACACACACACACACACACAAACGUUACGUUGGAAUGAACGUGGGAAAGUUCACUGAGGAGGGAAGAGAUACUGAGGAAGAGGAGGGUGUUCGCAAUCUUUUUUCGUUCUUCUUUCCGUGCUUGGAUGUACAGGAAGGUGCUGAGUGCAUGUGACAGCCAAACCCACUGUGUCUUUUGAGCUCCCAAUAAACCCUGUGCUGGUCUGAGCACUCCACAUGAUGCUGGUCUCUCCGUCUGUGUGUGUGUGUG